AUGAUUUCUCACCAUGGCUUGCGUGUGGCCGUGGCCGUCCUCGCUGGCCUGCCUCGGCUGAUCGCGGCCGACAGCUCGCCCUAUCUCCUUACACAAAACUACCUCCCGCACAACUUGACCGACGGUUUCGUCUUCCGCACGGCUGCCGACUACCCGGGCACAGGCGAUCCCACGCAUGGAUUCGUCAACUACGUCGGCCUGGACACGGCCACUGCGGCCGGGCUGGUCAAAGUCGUCGCCGGCAGUGCCGCCCAGGGAGCCCCGUUUUCUGCCGCGCGCAAGCGGAACGAGCAGCUCUACCUAGGGGUCGACCAUACGACUGUCCUCAACGUGUCGUCCGCGGACGUGGCCAACUCGUCCGUCGUCGCCACCACCCCCACCCCCAGUGCCGCCGGCCGCGGCCGCUCAUCCGUCCGCCUCGAGUCCCGUGCCACCUUCUCCCGCGGCCUCCUCGUCGCCGACUUUGCCCACAUGCCUGCGGGCCAGUGCGGCGUCUGGCCCGCCUUCUGGGCGUACAAUUUCAAAGAGGACCCCGUCGGUGAGGUCGACCUGCUCGAGGGCGUCAACCACCAGGCGGCCAACAUGGUGUCGCUGCACACGGGCGGCACGUGCGAAUUCGGCGCGUCGGCCGACGAGACGGGCGUGGACCGCCGCGAUUCGUGCACGGUGGUCUAUGGAAACGCAUCGACAUACGGCGGCUGUGGCGUCACGGCGCCGGCCACGGCCAAUACGUACGGGACCGCCUUCAACCGCGUCGGUGGCGGCGUGUAUGCAGCCCUGCUCGAGGCGGACCAGCUGCGGGUCUGGCACUGGCCGCGGGGCAGCGUUCCGGCGGAUGUGCAGCAGGGAGCACCUGACCCUUCCUUGGCGUCCAACUGGGGCCGGCCGCUGGCCGUCUUUUCGCAGGCCAACGGCGGCUGCGAUGUGGCGGCCAACUUCCACACCCUUACGUUGAUUUUGAACACGGACUUUUGCGGCAUCAACCAGGCGAACGGCAUAUGGAACAACGACGCGGCGUGUGCAGCGUACCCGACCUGCGAGGCCUUUGUGGCGAGCCACCCGGAGGCCUUCAACGAGACGGCCGGUGGUGCCCGUGCCUGUGAAUACGACAACGCCGGUCAAUACAACGACACCUGUGUCCACGGCCGUUCCCACGCAACCGCCGUUGUCGUCAAACUCGACACGGCCAGUGCCCAUCUAUACAAAUACAACAUCGCACGUCGUGCCGGUACCGACGGCCAACACGACGACAUGGACGACGGCCAACACGACAACAUGGACGACGACCAAGUCAACGACGACCAAGGAGACUUCGGAAACCGAGACGACUUCUCUGACGACCUCUCUAACGACUUCUCCGACAACGGUACAAAAUUCGACCUCUCAGAUACCAACAUCAACGUCAACAUCAUCAACAUCAUCAACAUCGUCGAUAUCUACAUCAACGUCAUCAUCAACAUCUAUAUCAACAACUUCUACACCAACAACUUCUACACCAACAACUUCUACACCAACAACAUCUACAUCAAUAUCUACAUCAACAUCUUCAUCAACAACGUCAUCAACAACGUCAUCAACAACUUCUUCAUCAACAUCAGCAUCCACAUCAUCUACAUCGACAUCUACAUCUACAUCUGCAUCGACAUCGACAUCGUCUACUUCAAAAACAACAACGCCAACGACGCUCCGGACGACGACCACAAAGACAAAGCCCCCUGUCGAGCCCACACCAACAAGCAAGAAGACGACAACAAUCACCCAUCCACCCGGGCCCACCAAAACGCCCUAUUGGCCAUGGCCGAUCUGGACGACGCCGGGGCCUGCCAAACCGACGCCAACAACGGAGCCCCCAACCAAGCCGACCGCGACUGCCUCUCCCACCAGCCCCGUUGUCCCUGCCUGGCCCAAAUGGCCACACUGGCCCGCACCCGUGCAGCCCUGGCGGCCCUGGACGCCGUGGCAUCCGUGGGGGCCGCCGACGCCCAUGGCGACGGUCAUGGCGACGACGACGAUGGGGACGACGAUGGGCCGUACAGUGGCAAUCCGUUUAGGGAUGACGGCGAUGGCGAUGAUGACGACGACGACGACGACUCCGGUGACGACGACUCUUGGGGUGAAUGGAAGUGGAAACAUCACCAUCACCACUGA